AGACUUAAAAUGUUUGCUAGUCUUUGUUUUAGUUUUGUUGCGUGUUUGUUUAUUCUCGAUCACUGUGCAGCUAGUUCGAAUGAAGGAGACAACUGUAUCUUAAAAGACGGCAGCAGAGGCACUUGUAGGUUUAUAACGAGCUGUCCAGCUGCCUUGCAGUCUAAAGUUUUACCGGAAAUUUGCGGAUUCCAAGGAACCCAGUCCAUCUGUUGUUGUAAAAAUGAGGAAAUGAAGAAAACCAUCACCACGACGACCACCAAUGCUCCUAUUACAGCAACCACUACCAGAGAACCGGAGGUCACCACAAGUCGAAUUAUGGUAGCCAAUAGGUUACCUGGAGAAAUAAGCAAGAAAAAAUGCAAGGAAUACUCACAAUACGCUUACGAGAGGAUUCAAUCUCCUACGCUAAAAAUUACUCCCACAUUUUCGAAUACGCUUGAGUGUCCUUUUGAGAAAUUUCCACUUAUCGUGGGAGGGACAUUGGCAAUAGAAGGAGAAUUUCCUCAUAUGGCUCUUAUUGGAUAUAAACCUAAGGGAGAAAUUCUAUGGGCGUGCGGAGGUUCCCUCAUAAGUGAAAAUUUCGUUCUCACCGCUGGACAUUGCUUGAAGCAUCAUGAACUAGGUUCAGCAGCGUUGGUGAGAGUUGGCCUAACAAACCAGUCGGAUCUAGCGCACAUGCAGGAACGAACUGUGAGCGAAAUCAUAGCUUGUCCUGAAUAUCGCUACACCAAAUACCACGACAUCGGUCUCUUGAGACUAUCAAAAUAUGUGGAAUUGAAUAUUUACUCUAGACCGGCGUGUCUUCAGACGCAAAAGGAUUUCCCUUACGAAAAUGUCACUGCAUCGGGGUGGGAGAAGAUUCGAGAUUCAGGAGAAGGGAGCAAGGACUUGUUGAAAGUAGUGCUAGAAUUCUUCAGCUUGGAUAAGUGUAACCACACUUACAGGAACAAUAUUAUCACCCGUGAUUCUACUCUCAAAGACGGGAUUAUUGACGAUUUGAUGAUUUGCGCUGGUUCCUCUAUAGAGUCGAGGGACACAUGCAAGAAACGCUUUGGCAGUGUUUGUGUAAAGAUGCUUCUUCAGAAACCAGUCGUAAUUGUAUUGUUUACAAUAAUUUAUUCAAGCUUCACCAGGAGUGUAGUUCAAGGUGCUACACCUGGGGAACGAAGCAAAGAGAUGUGUAAAAAGUAUUUACAGUAUGUACCGAAUUCAUAUGAUUGUGCGUUCCUAAAAAAAUCUUUGGCUAUUGGAAAUGAGUUUGCAAAGGAAGAAGAAUUUCCACAUAUGGUUAUGUUGGGAUUUGAAAGUGAAAACAAGACUUUUUGGGCUUGCUCAGCCACACUUAUAAGUGAGCAAUAUGUCCUAGCUGCUGCACAUUGCCUCAUUCCCCGCAAUUUUGGCAGACCAUCGGUGGUGCGGCUAGGCGUAGCCAAUUUGACAGAUACAGUUCAUCGACAGGACAUAAAAGUGGCCGAGGUAAUUCCGCAUCCAGAUUAUAAAAACCCAUUGGUGUACAACGACAUUGGUCUAGUGAAGCUGGAGAAGAAGGUAGAUAUCAAUGUUUACACCAGACCUGCUUGUCUCUAUACUGAGAAAGAAAUCGGUACGAAGGAAGCAGUCAAUAGCGGUUGGGGUGCCACAGAAUUUAACGGCGAAUUCAACAACGGUUUGCAAAAAGUAGUUCUGGAAUUAUACGAUUUGGAAGGCUGCAACAGAACUUAUCACAAGCUGAAUAACAGGUUAACCAAAGGUAUCGAUUAUGACACAAUGGUGUGUGCUGGGACUAAGUCGCUUGUAACUUAUCAGCCAGACAGCGGUGGUCCUCUCACUAUAAUUCACAGAGAAGAUAGAAACCUUACUUGCAUAUACGAUGUGGUCGGUGUGGCAUCAUUUGGAGAUAUAAUUACACCCGCAGAUGUUCCAAGUGUCUACACAAGAGUAUCUGCUUACAUCAAAUGGAUAGAAGAUACCGUUUGGAAGUAGAGAUAUCUGUUUUAUGCCUCGAUAUUUUUUUAUGAAGAUUGUAAAUUUGUUUUUUCUUUAAAUAUAGACUCUGUUCGUUUAUUUCGUUCAUUUUAUGUGAAGACAAUUGUUUUUUACUACAAGGCUAGAAACACAUCAUUAUCAUCAAUAGUGAUUAAAGAGAUCUGUUAGCGGAACGAUUUUUCAAAAUUCCGAGUCUUAUAUUAUAAGAAACAACAAUGACCAAGUAAAUUCAAAUUAAUUUCGUGGAAAAUUUUGCUGUUCCGAUUAUCGCCAAGACAUUAAAGUAGGUAACUGGAAUUAUAAUGAUGUUUAAAUGAU